UUCGUUUCCACCCGGAUACCGCGACUGAACCCCGCGAAUGAAGUCAAACACGGCGAGAUGGAAGUGAAAAAUGCGAACGCUGCGAUGCUGAGUAACUAUGAGGUCUUCCAAUUGCUGACUGACCUGAAGGAACAGAGGAAGGACAGCGGGAAGAAUAAGAACAGCGCAGGGCAGCAGAAUCUCAACACCAUUAUGUACGAGACACUGAAGUAUCUUUCCAAGACGCCGUGCAGCAGACAAGACCCCAAGAUCGUCAAAGAAUUCCUCACCGCCAUGAUGCCGCAGAAAUUCACAAAGGCAGAGAAACUUCAGCUGAUGAAUCAUCGACCGCAGACUGCAGUGGAGAUACAACUGAUGGUGGAGGAGAGCGAGGAGCGACUUUCAGAGGAGCAGAUCGAGGAGCUGAUCCAGACUGUUUCAGAAAUUCUCCCUGGAGAGCCGGAGCAAGAAAAUGCUGCGACCAACUAGAGUGGUGGACUGAAGGACGAGAGCUGUGAAGGGUGUGUUAGUGCUCCUCUCUCUCUCUCUCUCUCUCUCCAAAAAACUUAAAACUUUGUUUUUUUUUUACAUGUGUCAUGUAAUUCUGUUUUGCUAUUUGCAUCAUGGUGUUUGCCAUGUCAUUUCAAUUGCUAUUUAUUUUGAUAAAACGGAAUGAUAAGCAACCGACUGGAGACCUGCCGUUUGCCUGCACAAAGGUUGGGACGUUUCUUGGUAAUAACUGGAAAUGUAAAUGUUUAAGAAGUUACUUUUUUAACUCAGUGUGUGGUGAAUCCACCUCCUUUUUAAAGAACCAUGGCUGACUGCCAUGCAUCUGAAUAAAGAGGCCAAGAACAGAAGCCUAGCUCGGCCUGGAUUCAAACUGGUGUCAGUGUU